CGUUUUUUGUGAUUGUAUGAUGUCGAGGAAUGAUUUGUCUUCUGCCUGAGGAUUCCGUUCCUCUGAAGCGUAUCAAGACAGGAACAUCCGCCUUUGCAGAAUUUCCACGCCCGUUCAUUUAUGUAUUAUGUUGUUGUUGUAGUUUUUCUCCCUUGACUUGUUCCUUAGGUUCUUAUCCCGCUACGCACUUGUGAAACGAGCGCGAGGUGCAGAUGUAGAAACUUUUUGCGCUACACUUUACAUAACCUCACGAUGAAAACAGUGUAUUACACGCUUAAAUUACAAUAUAGUUUACUGCAGCGUUCUGCUUUACUUGGACGCGUAUGAAAGAAUAACGCGUGAAUGAGUUUCGCAUUCGCGGCAGCGCCAGCAGUAGAUACUGCAGCAUAUUUCCUCGAAUGUGCUGGGAUAAUAUGAACAGAGUGACUUGCCGUGUUUAAAUUCCGAGGGUUUAUACCCUAUUGAUUCGCCGCAUCUCCUCAGGACUGGGUUGAAGAUCAUAAGACAAGAAUUUCGUGACCGUGUCUGUAAUGGAGGGUUACCUCAUAGUUGGAGCACGUAGCGGGUAUUUCCGCAAGAUAGUCUCUGGAGCCUUUCAUUUUUGGAACACUGCAGCCUGAUUUCAGAGAGGGUUAUUUGUCCAGAGGUGCGAGGCAGAGGUGCGACGGAGUACACUACAAUACAGACACAAAUUAGUAUUGUGUAUUUUAUAUACAUACAUACAUACAUACAUGCGUGGCAGUUUUUGGCGUUUUGGAAGCGAGACGCUGAGCGUAGUCUCCUGUGGUAACACGCUAACAGUAGUGCGGGCACUUUUCCCUCCACUCGGCACGUUAUUUGAUUCAUAGUUUUUGUUUUGAGUCUUGUUGUGAAGCCCUCCUCGCGUGGACAGAGUUGGCGGUGAGAAUACGAAUCUACGCCUUCGGAUGCUGCCGCAUUGAGGUCAAGUUGGGAGAGCGGGGCGGAGGUUAUUGCCGGUUGGUGCAGGGUGUGUUUCGAUUGUGAGUGUUCUGGGUUGGUGCGGUAUGUUCUCGAGUGGAAGUGGUGGUUCAAGUUUAAUGGAUUGCUAGGGUGGACACGAGAGGGGAGAGGAGACAGGAGGAUUGAUUAAUCGGAGAAAGGAGAUUUAAAUGGUUUAGUUUGAGUUUUUCUUAGCGGAAAGAGUUUAAAAGAGUGCAUCCUUGAGCUGUAGCCCAUGCUGUCGACGCUUCUCUCUUGAUUUUUUCCCUUCUCGUUGGAUCCCUUGCUGUAGUGCUGUGAUUCUACAUCAUCUCCUUGUCAGUCUCUGCAGCUUCUCUUUUCUCAGCAGCAUCUCUUUCUCUGUCAAUUAUUUGAUUCUUUCUGUACGACCGACUGUAAUUUGGUUUCAAUAUUUUGUGUUUUGUGUUUUGGAAUUGUUUUAGCUCUGGUAUUCUCACUUUGUCACUUCCUGCAUAGUGUAGUGUAUAGCUUAUCUGUUUGCCUCUUUGUACAUUACAUCACUUUCACCAACUUCUCAGUCCAAACUUAACUUAACUUUGGAAGUGUCUUUCUGCAUCACCCUUGAGAUGUAUCUUAAGACGAGGAACACGUGCAUGCUUGAAGAGACACAAGCUGCAAGCUCCCCGCCUUUUGAGCUCAUGGAGUUUACACAUUCUCUGAAUUUUACUCUUUUACAUCGUUAUUUAUUCCAGUACUCUUAGUGCGCAAACUGUAGGCUCUUGGCUCGCAUUUUGUACAUCUCUUUCAUUGAUUACGUGAAUACUAGCGAGUUAUGCUGACGAUUUUCUGAUCCUCCUGGACAUUGCAACCGUACGGAGCCAGGGGCUACUAAUCCCUUUCCUAUCGUCUCACUUACCAUCAUGGAGGAGGCUGCUAAGUCCACCGAAGAUGUGAUGAAUUCCAGUUCUACUGGGAUUCAGCAGAUUCCCCCCAAUCAAGGAAGAGGAGGCAAGGUUUCAAUGCGGAUGUCCGAGUUGCCUUUGACUAUGUUUGAAACGAUUGUUGCGCUCUGCAUCUUUGGGACGUUCGCAAUUGCGUUAUUGGGCAUAUAUUUAAGCAUGCCCAGAAUCGAUCAUAAUCUUCUCAAGCUUCCUCGCACAGUGUCAGAAUUGCGUAUUUUGACAGAUUAUGUAUCAAAAUAUACAGAUGACUAUAAGCUGCAGGUACUGUUGGGAUACUGCACAAUUUACAUAUUUAUGCAGACUUUUAUGAUACCCGGAACAAUCGUAAUGUCUCUCCUGGCGGGCUCUUUGUUUGGUGUGGCCCAGGGCAUGGCGCUUGUGGUUUUCACAGCUUCAGCUGGAGCUUCUUGUUGCUAUCUUUUGUCCAAGCUUAUUGGUCGCCCCCUUGCAAUGUGGUUGUGGGGUGACAAACUUCACUAUUUCACCCGAGAGGUUGCCAAAAGAAAAGAUUACCUAUUCAACUACAUGCUCUUUCUGAGAGUCACGCCAACGUUACCGAAUACUUUUAUCAAUGUUUGUUCUCCAAUUGUUAAUAUUCCCUACCCUAUUUUUAUUGGGGCUACAGUGGUUGGUUUGGUGCCUGCCACGUUUGUGACUGUUCGGGCUGGCGUUGCCCUGAACACGCUCAGCAGCUUCCGCGAGCUCUACGACUUUAAGACUGUAGCUGCUUUUUUUUGUAUUGGCCUUGUUGCCGUUGUGCCAACAAUUCUGAACAGGUCACAGUUGCAUGAUUCCGAGAAGCCUCACAGCAGCUGAUUGGUGCUCUCUUUCAUGCGGAUUUGUCACCUAUGGCAUGCUAAUCCCGCAUCAGCAUCAAAUAUCCGACGAGUGACGACAAGUUUGAUUCUCGUUUAUCCAGUUUACAAGGUGAUAUUCACCUACGACUUUUCCUGGGCGUCAAUCUUUGGAAAUAGGCAAGGAAGUGGUUUAUUCUGUUCCAUCAGCUUGGUUUUCUGAAGGAUCUGCUUUCUAUGGAAAACACUGAAUAUCCUGCUAUUUUCUCAUUCACUUCAAUGUUUUUUUAGUGAACCCAUCCAACAGAUUUGAAUACCGUACAUAAACAUCGAUUGUGAUAAUAUUCUUCUAAUUGAAGAGAUGUUGGUCAGACCAUGCAAAGUAUGGUUCCAUAAAUCAAGACUCCUGUAGAAGUUUCUCUGCCAGACGCACAUUGGAUAAUAGCAGAUGUACAUGUGGCACAAUCAGUAGCUUACACAUUGGGAGUUACUGCUGAUCUUCAGCCUAGGAACUCGACAAUGACCUUGCUAGGUUCUAUUUAAACCUCACAUUAAUACUCUCAUCCAAACUGCAGAUUAGAUCUUGUGUGCUGAUGUACAGUUUUAUUUAUUCCCACGGGUUGGAGACUGUAAAUAAACAAUUGUUUUCAUUCUAUGCAGGAGUCAUGUUUGGGAUUUACUUGACUAACAAAGCUCACAGUUACCUAACAUUCCUGUCCUGAUUGCAGAGAUAACAAAGACGAAGAGAAUUCCAUGGGAUUGUGUUAUGUAAGUCACAAAGGACUCAAUUGACCAUAAUGAAGCAUAUUGACGUGCACUCUUCUAGGAUUUUGGACUAUUUUGAUCUAGUAUUUAGUACAGAAGGAUGUUUGUAGUUAAACUGCUUGUUUUGAGCAGGAAUGCAUUACAGGAUGGUAGGCAGGUUGGUAGGAAUGUGUUUAUUAAUUGGGUGGUUGAGGAUGGUGAUGUAAUGUGCUUUAAAGUUCUAAAAAGUAAACAUGCACAAUUGACUGACA